AUGCAAACUGCGCCCGAUCAGCCCCCGCGCUCGCCUCUCCGAUACGCCCUCGCCCCCCUCUUCCUCCUUCUCGCGGCGGGAGCAGUCCUCUUGCACCACUCGCUCCAGCCGGAAGAGGCUGCCGGAGUCUUGAGCUCCGUCACGGCAGAGACUCUGAGGGGAGUUGGGAAGCAGCCGGCAGGUCCGCAGCCCAAUCCGAAUCGGCUGAUCGUGACGACGGACGCCAGCGGGCCCGCCUCGGCGCAGGCGGAGCAGUCGGCAGUGAUUGCGGGCGGAAGAGUCGACAUGCGAUUUACAAGCGGUUCCACCACGAUCGAGGUCGUCGAGUUUCCGGACAGCAGCACGGCGGCAGCCUACCGGUACACGGCGGGACGCUCUUCGUGGGCGAGAACCGUCGAGGUGGACCUGCCGCGCUACUCCAUCCCCGCAGAUCCCAGUCCGGACGCGGGCCGCCGCCAGCUGGCCGAGUCAACGCCGUGGGGCAUCCGCAAGGUGUACGAGGGCCAGGGCGAGGGCCAGGGUGUGCCGGACGCCUCCUACUUCCCCUCAGAGGUGACGCACCCGGUGUGUAUCAUCGACUCGGGCUACGCGAUAACUCACCCCGACCUCCCCGACGCCACCGCGGCGGACCCCUCGCAAGCCAACCCAGCCGGGAGAUUCUACUUUGGUGCCGACAUCUGCGCCCACGGCACGCAUGUCGCUGGCACGAUCGCUGCGAUCGGUGGCAACGGCGAGGGAGUGGUGGGCGUCUACCCGGGCGCGCCUGACCUGGAGAUUGUCAAGGUCUUUGGCGCCUCGGACCUCACUUCCGACGAAAAUUCGUGCAACUGGGCCUACUCCUCCACCAUCCUCGCCGCGGUGCAGCACUGUGUUGACAGCGGAGCCAAGAUCGUAUCGAUGUCCCUCGGCGGCUCCUACACCAUGAUGUCCGAGCAGCAAGCGUACCAGAGGUAUUUCGACGACGACGGCAUCCUCUUCAUUGCCGCCGCCGGCAAUGACGGUACCACCGGCUACUCGUACCCAGCGUCGUACUCUGCGGUCAUGAGCGUCGGUGCCACCGACAGCAGCGACACGCGAGCCUACUUCUCGCAGUACAAUGACCAAGUCGACAUUGCUGCGCCGGGCGUCAACAUCGAGUCCACUUAUGGCGCCCCGCGCGGGACCGAGCCGCCGCCGUUCUCUCCGCCCGCCCACACCGCGGUGAUUGGCGACUAG